AAUGGUCUUGCACACGGAAUACCGAUGUACCAACGAGACUAGGCAAACGCCAGACUACCCGUCGAUUUUCCCUAACCGUGGUUAGCAGCUGCUGUUGCUCCGUUUCCACAGGAAAUUUCACUGGACCGUGGUAGUGUCACACUACUACGCGUGCUGGACCAUGAUAGUCCCGGGCUGUCUUAUCAUCGCGGUGAUCCUGCAGAGCGUGCACGGGUCUGGCCGUAAAGUGGCGACGGUGCAGCGCCAGUCCAAGCUGUUACUGGCCACGUCGCGCGCCGCGCGUUGCCUGAAUAUGGAGCAGAUUACGGUGGCGGGAGGGGCGAUCCGCGGGUACCAGAAUGUGCAGGGCUGUUCGUGCCAGACAGCCCGGGAGAAUUCCGCAGCGGUGCCGUACUUUCCCAACGGUUACCGGCCACAGUGUACGGAGAGCGGCGGCUGGGCAACUCUGCAGACGGAUGGUCAGAAGCUGAACUACUGGUGCGUGGAUUCCCAGGGGAACCAGAUCAGUAAACCGCGCCGCCAGAAGAACCUCUCCGAACUGCCCUGCUAUGUAGCGCCCCCGGCCACCACCCCCGCUGUACCGGCCAAUAUGACCUGGCCCAUCCGUUUCCACGACUAAACAUGCCGCGAACACCGCGAUGCCGCAUAAAUGUAGCGCUGUCAGUACACUGGAGAAUCCGUCAGGCUUUGCUUCCGUUGUAGACGCUCAUUUCUUACCUACUCUGUAGUUGUCCGUCAACUUUCUGCAUUUUGCUGUGCUCCAUCUGCUUAAGCUUUUUAAUUCUAACGAAAAGCAGUUUUCACUGUGAGAUUAAGUUGACUGGAAUACACCUGUGACCUACCUCAGCAAAAUAUGUUUUCUUG